AUGUUCAAGUUCGUCGCUCUCGCCGCCGCCGUGGCCGUUGCUCAGGGUGGAUACCUUGCCGCCCCUGUUGCUCACGCUCCCCUCGCGUACGCCGCUGCCCCCGUUGUUUCAUCUUCCGCUAUCACUUCACGUACUGACGGCUACACCGCCGUCGCCGCGCCGGUCCUCGCCGCUGCCCCCGUAGCUCACGCCUACGCUGCUCCCGUUACUCACACCUACGCCGCUGCUCCCGUCGCCCACACCUACGCCGCCGCUCCUGUCGUCUCUUCUUCUGCUAUCACCUCCCGUACCGACAGCUACAACCCCAUUGUCGCCCGUUAUGCCGCUGCCUACGCCGCCCCUGUCGCUCACACCUAUGCCGCGGCUCCCUUUGCCGCUCGCAUCGCCGCUCCGAUCGCCUACAGUGCUGGGUACGGCAUCGGUGGAGUCCGCGUUUUCUGA